AUUAAAAAAAAAAAAAACUUCGUUCAAGUGACGCCAGAAAAGCCUUGGGGUGAAUGGGGGAUGUGGGAAACGAGAAGGAGGAGGAGGAGGACGAAGACCUGGAGAAGGACGAAGACGAAGAAGACGUGGAGGAGAAGUGGGAGGACGAAGACGUUGAGGAGACGGAUGAAGUCGAGGAGGAGAAGGGGAGGGGGGCGAAGAGGAGGAGGAGGGAGGACGAAGACGAAGCUUAUGGCAUUGACGGGGAGCACGAGGAGAACGACGACCGAGAUCCAGAAAAGAAAAAAAAAAAGGCGCGCCUCGUGGCAAGGGCAGAACCAAGGGGCGGGAGGUUAUACCAAGUACACGAUAAGGACAAAGAAGACAAGGAGGACAAGGAGAAAGAAGACGACGAGGAGGACAAGGACGAAGACGACGUGGAGGACGAAGACGUUGAGAAGGACGAGGAGAAAGACCCACGGAGGAGGAGCAAGAGUAGGACAAAGACGUGGAGGAGGAGCAGGAGGAGGACAAAGACGUGGAGGAGGAGGGGGAGGACGAGGAGGACGACGAAGAAGACGUGGAGGAGGAGGAGCGGGAGAAAACGAAGCCGUGGAGGAGGAGGCAGAUGGAGGAGGAGAAAGCGGGAAGACGACCAUGAAGAGGAAACGAGAGGGAAACGACGAGGACACGACAAGGAGGAAGCGAUGGCAACGAGGAGGAAACAACAACAACGACGAGGAAACGACAACGACGAGGAAACGACAACGACGAUGAGACAACGAUGACUAGGACGACGGUGUAUGGUGUACGAGGAAGACCAUGACGACGAAAUGACAAGAGAGAGAGAGAGAGAGAGAGAGAGAGAGAGAGAGAGAGAGAGAGAGAGAGAGAGAGAGAGAGAGAGAGAGAGAGAGAGAGAGAGAGA